UCGAUAGUGUCAUCUUUCGACAACCAUUUUGGCGUGUGCAAAAGGGAAGCCGACGAAAAUUUCAACAGCAAGCAGCCGAGUAGGAAGCGUUGAGAAAAGCAGCACGCCGGCAUCACAGCAACAACUUUUACGGACAAGCGCUAACGCAACUACGAAAAAAACAUGUCUGACGAAAAGAAAGGCGGUGAGACUGAACAUAUUAAUUUGAAAGUCCUCGGACAGGACAAUGCCGUCGUGCAGUUCAAGAUAAAGAAGCACACACCUCUAAGGAAACUUAUGAAUGCCUACUGUGACCGUGCCGGGCUUUCCAUGCAGGUGGUGCGCUUCCGUUUCGACGGUCAGCCCAUCAACGAGAACGACACUCCGACCUCGCUGGAGAUGGAGGAGGGCGACACUAUCGAGGUAUAUCAGCAGCAGACUGGUGGCUCUAUAAAUAUUCUUAGUUAAGUUAGUUACAGAAGAUUUUAUAUUAACACGAAAACAUGAUCCACAACACGAAAAAUAACAACAGAAAGAUUUAAUGUAAACCAGAGUACUCCUCGUACUUGAGAAAAACAUUGUUCUGUACACAACACAAAACAACAUUAAAUAAACAAACUAUUGUACGAAAUGGGAA